GCGACGAAACCGUUGAUGGAGUUCUUGCAAGAUGGCAAGAGUGAUAAUUUCUUUGCGAAGCUGUAUCAGAGCGAGGCGGUGUGUCUGGGUCUGUUCCGCCUGCUACCCCCAAUGUCCAGACAGAUCAUAAUGAACUUACUCUGGAUGUCAAACGAGAUGAAAGCCAGUCACCUGAAACUGUUCCUGGGGAUGGAUCCGAAAGCGCCUAACGACCUAAUAACGUCACAACACCCUCUCAUACAUGACCUGCUUAUCCUACAAUCCAUCAAGCACAAAGGCCUGAUCUAUUAUGUCUUGCACGAAUCGUUCAAGAAGGGGUUGAGGGGGGCUCUUACAGGCGGGGGCUCAAAUCAAGCGUUCGGAGUAACUUACAAACCCGUGGCGGGCGGAUCGGACGGGUCAAUUCACUUAGAUGUAGACGAGUUGGUGGACUACGGGGAUGGGAAGUGGGAGGCUUUGUUGAAGUACAUGGUAUCUUCCCAAAAACGGGCCGCAAGAGAGGACGAGACGCCGGAAAAGCGAGUGUUGGACUUGUUACUACAGUGCGGGCUGAUGGAGCGCGUGUACGACGACCAUCACUACUUGACAGACCUUUUGAAGAUCACGUCCAAGGGGUUCCAGUUUCUGCUAGAAGAUCGAUCGGCGCAGAUCUGGCAGAUCUUGAUGUAUUAUAUACAACAGGGAAUGGUCAGUUCUCUAUCUUCCCUUUCCUGCGUAUUGAAGCUGUUAUUCUCGCUGAGUAAUAUGCAUCUGGGCAGGGCGUACGAUGCUUCACGAUUACCGUCGGUCCAGAGAAGAGUGCUGGACGAGCUCGAAGCCUUUGGGCUGAUAUACAAAAGAGCAAACGUACCAACGGGUAAACACGAUCAAUUUUACCCAACACGAUUGGCAACAAACCUGUGUUCCGGUAACGUUGCUUCCGGGGGAGAUGGAGCUAUGGGAGGGGCGGGGGAGACGAGAAAAGGGUUCUUGGUGCUCGAGACGAAUUAUAAGAUCUACGCGUAUACCUCGAACGAGCUGGAGAUAGCAAUUCUGAACCUGUUUAUCGAUAUCCGGACGCGGUAUCCGAACCUGAUCGUCGGGCGAUUAGAAAGGGAUACGGUCAAGGAGGCUAUGAAGAAUGGGAUCACCGCUGCUCAAAUCAUUAGCUAUUUGACGACACAUGCACAUCCGCAAAUGUUCAAGAAUAAUCCGUUACUGCCGAUCACGGUCGUGGACCAAUUGCAUUUGUGGGACCGGGAACGGAAUCGACUUGACAAAAAUCAAGCCGCACUAUUCCGGUUCUGGAGAAAGGACAUGUACGAAGACUCGCUCGCAUACGCGCAGACGAUCGCAGCGCUCCUC